AUGUCUACCUUCCCAAUCCUGCAAUUUCCCAAGAAGCUGCUGAGAAAAACGCUGGCCCAUGUGUCAUUUCUGGACAGGUUUGUCGCUUGUCUUCUAGCACUUCCAGAACUUGCGUCUGUUCAGAGUUCAAUUGGCGUCCUGCUCACAGCGAAUGGGCGAACGUAUCAAAGAGAUCGAGUUUACGGUCGACAGAUUUCAUGUGAAAGUCUACGACGACGGACAAUAUAUCGAAGUGUUGAUGGAGAGUGCCACGUCCAUUCCGAGAGUUUACCUCAAGACAGACACGCUGCAAAUGGAAAGGUGGGGGAGAAUUAGAAGUGAACGUGAUCGGUGCAAGCCCAAGAAAUUAUUCUGAAAAAGUCUGACUCACACUCAGUUUCAUUCGUUUCCUUGCAUCUUUUUGAGCAUUUUUCAUUUCGAGAUCGAACGAUUAGUCAUUUUUUGGGACCCAUGUAAUAUUUCGACUAUUCCCUGUAUCGAACUUAAACCAGAAAAUGUGAAUUGUAAAUUAGAGGAUCCGAGGAUGAGGAGAUAGUGUGCAGUGUUCGGACGGAUAUCAUCGGUCUCCUCGAGUGGAUGCACAAUAUUUUUCCGGCCGGCUCGUUUGGAUUCACACUCACUCUGGACGUUUUGGGUCCGGGAGCCCUGGAAAGACUGCUCGAGACGCCCAUUUUUGUGAAUUCUUCGUAUGUGAAACUGAGCGGAGACGUUGAAAUCAGCACGAAUACAAUGAAUCUGAUGAUCGAAAGUCUUUAUCCAGAUCUGCUGGCAUUGCACGUGUUGAAUCCCAUUGAAAACGGUUUCAACAACAAAAAGGUCAGUCCUCAAUCAUCUUUUUCCGCUUUCGAACUUUCAUUUAUGUCGAGUUGAAGGCAUUCAGUUUCCGCGCGGUCAGUUACCAAGAGGCCAGAUGGGUCGAAAUCGAAGAUAUUAUGAAUGUCCGCGACGCCGACACUCUUUUCUUGGGAUUCACCAACUUCACCAGUCGCGAUAUGAAUCAAUUUUUGCGAUUGUGGAGUCGAACCGAGCACGAAAUCGUGCGGAAUUUGAGACUGAAACUGAAGGCCCCAGUCACCAUUUUCGAGCUUCUGACCGACGUCGCCGCGUUGAAAGUUUCCCAUAUGCACUAUGUGAUGUGAGUGGGACUUACGAUCCGCCACUUUUCCAGAAAGUUUCAGAAAGUCAGAGAUGACAAAACCGAAUUACAUUGCGCUUGUGGCCGUGAGAAAUACGAACUUCGAGUUCAAGAGCUAUACGCAAAUUGAAGCAAUCGAUAAACUUAAAAGAACCUGCUUGAUAGCCAUUGGAAAUCUGAACAGGAAGAAGAAAAUCGGAGCACAACUGGAGAAGAAAAUCAAUCGGAAAGAUGCGUGGGUGGACGAGUUCACGAGUGAACGAUGCACCGAAUCGAAAGAGAAGGAGCUGAUUCACAAGAUCCACCUCAUCGACGCGGACAUCAGAUUGUUGGACACGUUGCAGCGAGAAGUGACGAAACAUCUGAUGAAUGAUCGUGUCAAAAUCAUUGCCAAUUUUCCUCACGCCAAAUUGUUGAUUGGCCAGUGUUGA